UGUAGGAAAAAUGACGAUGGAGACACGACUGUCGUUGUUGAGAAGGACCAUUUUAUGGAGGAUUUCUUCCACCAGGUUGAGGAGAUUAGAAACAGUAUCAGCAAAAUAGCUCAAUAUGUGGAGGAAGUAAAGAAAAACCACAGCAUCAUUCUUUCUGCACCAAACCCAGAAGGAAAAAUAAAAGAAGAGCUUGAAGAUCUGAACAAAGAAAUCAAGAAAACGGCUAAUAAAAUUCGAGCCAAGUUAAAAGCCAUUGAACAAAGUUUGGAUCAGGACGAGAGUGGGAACCGGACCUCAGUAGAUCUUCGGAUACGAAGAACCCAGCACUCGGUGCUGUCGCGGAAGUUCGUGGAGGCCAUGACGGAGUACAACGAGGCGCAGACGCUGUUCCGGGAGCGCAGCAAGGGGCGCAUCCAGCGCCAGCUGGAGAUAACCGGGCGGAGCACCACGGACGCGGAGCUGGAGGAGAUGCUGGAGAGCGGGAGGCCGUCCGUCUUCACGUGCGACAUCAUUUCAGACUCACAGAUCACCAGACAAGCUCUCAAUGAGAUCGAGUCUCGCCACAAGGACAUCAUGAAGCUGGAGACCAGCAUCCGCGAGCUGCACGACAUGUUCAUGGACAUGGCCAUGUUCGUGGAGACCCAGGGUGAAAUGAUCAACAACAUAGAAAAAAACGUUAUGAAUGCCACGGACUACGUAGAACACGCUAAAGAGGAAACCAAAAAAGCUGUUAAAUAUCGCAGCAAAGCGAGAAGGAAGAAAUGGAUAAUUGUGGCUGUGUCAGUGGUUCUGGUUGUCGUGGUUGCGCUAAUUAUUGGUUUGUCAGUUGGCAAGUGAUGGCGUGGAGGACGUCAGAGUGCAUGCCUGCCUGCCAGGGCGGCAGUAAGUAACCAAUUAACUCAUUUCCUUACUAAUUUUCGCAGUUAGCCAAUAACAGUGCUUGCCCAAUUUUAAUAGACUUACAAAUAAUAAAAUGUUACUUGUGUCACUUCAGGGGGACAGUGGCCAGCAGCAGCUCUGAGGUCUCUUUGGUCUGUUUUCAGUCUGGGGAGAGCGUGUCACUCUCCCCUUCACUGAGUGCCACAGCCACGCCAGUGAAGGCUUAUCUCAGCUGAAACGCUAACAUCAGUAGUUUAUGUCUCCACUUUAACUUUCAGAAUAAUUGCAACUGAAGGUUAUUAAUGCUUUGUAAAAUAUACUAACUAGUUUUACUGUGGAAUUGAGAGAAUGGAUCUAAAGCUAAGAAAAACAUUGACUAAAAUUGAAAUCCUUUGUUGAACUUUUUUUUUUUUUUUUUUUAAAUUUUUGAGACAGAGUCUCCCUCUGCUGCCUAGGCUGGUCUUGACUCAGUCGAUCUUCCCGCUUUGGCCUCCCAAAGUUCUGGGAUCACAGAUGUGAGCCACCUUGAACUUUUCUGUUUGACACCAUCUAUUUUGUUUAAAAAUAUUUUCUUACUAAAACAAAAACCUUGUAUUUUGUUAGCAUGCCUGUUAAUUCUUAAUUAAAGGAUUCUAAAUAAAAGGUACUCAAUUUAUUUCAAGGAUCAUUUUUUGUUGUUGUUCACUAUAUGGCUAGCAACUUUCCCCAAACUUCAGUUGAGUUUGUGUUUUCCUUCUGGUUUUCUUAUGUGGUGGGAGUCUUCCUCCUUGGAUUAACCCUUAAGUUAGGCUGCUUCCUGGCCGAUUACGCAUGGACGCGCCGGCCAUUUCUUUGCGGAUGUCUGCUGGUGUAGCUGUUGUGAUGAGGAGACUGAUGUGCCCGGGGCGCCUAGACUGGGACCGUCCGUCCCUGCUGAGUCCGUCCUCGUAUGUGGGGGCUUGCAGGGCGAGUGUCAUGACUGCUCUUCAGUCUUUGAGAUCAUUUCUGUGACGCUGUGACGUCUGUGCAGCGACACUUGAGGCGGUGGCGGGGUGGCUCUGGGAGGCCGUGCUUGCCGACGUCCCUGUCUCGAGGAGGCAGAGAGGCCCUGAGCGCUCUGUUGUGCGGCAGGAUGGUCGUGUGCCUGUCCUCAGUCUUUCCUCUUAGCUCCGCUGAAAAGAAUGGCAUAUGUCAUCUUUUCACUAAUAUAAUGGUGUUUUCCAAUAUUUCCGUGAUUCUUUCUAAAAUACCUGUUUUCUUAGUUUUUCCUAGUGGCCAUACUGUGGUUACAUUAGAGAUGAAAUCACAGUUUUAGCGUGGACUCGGUGGAGCGCACGGCUUUUCCCGGGUGCUGCUGAGUGCUGACGUCGCCUCACGGGAGGCCCCUGUCCGCAGCCCGGAGCAGGCCGAGCCUGUGCCCCGGCCAGCCGUUCCAGCCCCGCACCUGCAAACAAGAACGAGCACAAAACACAGACCCCAGUGCGCCCCAGCAGGUGCUUUUGUAUAUGAAGGCAGUGAUUGAAGUCUUUAUGCUUUUAAGACUUUAAUGUGUUCCUUCACCCUUUAGCAAACUGCCUUCCUCUAGGCUGGGCACUGUAGCCACCUGCCUGCCGUGCCAGGGUGCGGGCUGCUUUGUAGCGGUGACCCUGAUCCCCACCACCCUGCAGUGUGCGGGGAGCCCCGUUUUGCAUGUAAGGAGACGGGUGGAGAUUUGUAGACAGCCAGGGCAGGACCACGACUCACACUCACAGCUGGGUUGACUCCCGGCUGUCCUCUCUCCACCAGGUGACGUAGCAGAUGCUGCAGGUGUGAUCAGAGCACAGGUCCAAGGCAGGAUCAGGGCCGGGCCACCCGGUGGCCUCGUGGGAGGUGUCAGAGGCCAAAGGAAAAGUGUCCUGUGGAGGGUGCUGAGGAAGGUUCGCAGUCAGACACGCGAGGAGGGUAGGGAGUGGCUGGGGCUCGCCAGGAAAUAUUUGAGGGGAGUAGCACUUGAAGGAGGGUAUUGUCCCGAAGGCAGCUCCCGCAGGUCACGGCAGGUUCACCUCCAUAAUCGUGCCUUCAUCAGCCGAGUGCGAGCGUGCUGAUUCUGGUGCAGACCUGGCCGUGUCCAGGUGCUGCAGAUGUGAUUUUGUAGAUGAAAAUGUGGCGUGCAGCUGGUAACCGCAAUUUAAAAUGAUGACUCUUUGCUUUUCAAAGAGAACAGCAUGAUGUGCCCCUCAUUUCUGUGUCUUCCUUCUCGUCUCCCUCACACAAGCUUCCUGGAGACCAGGCUUCCCAAGCCAGAGGUGACCUAACUUUCAGUGGCGUGGGGAUGCUUGUUAAUAAAAAAAAAACUUAAAUACUACACUGUGUCUGCUUCUAGGCUGUGAAUGCAAUGAAACGCUGAGCUAACGUCUUUUUUUUUUUUUUU